CCUGCACUCCUGCUUGCCGCUAAACACUCAGACCAGUCAGGCAGAAGCAAGCACGGGAACGAAGUUACCCUCUGGACAAGUGCAAAUCUGCAACGGCAAGUCGGCAACGGACUGACGGUCCGACGGAGCAACCCAAGUACCCAACGACGACGGACGGAGAGUCGGCGACCACCCCAUCGGCCCUUCUUCCGACUUUCGACUUAAUCUCCCAUUCUCCGCCUCCCCAUUGAAGAUAGGCUAUAAUUGCACUAAUAAUAAUAAGGAGUAAUGAAUAAGGGAGGGCUUGGAAGCAGUGGAGGAGGAGGCGGACCCACUGCCGCCGCCGCUGCAGCGGCUGCUCAGAAGCAGAAGAAUCUGUUGCAGAGAGUCGAUAACGACAUCGGAAGCAUAGUUGACAAUUUCAGCUUCAUUGUGAAUGUUGCCCGGGUAAAUGAUCCACCAGUUAGGAAUUCCCAAGAAGCUUUCAUGAUGGAGGUUCGAGCAUCCAGAAUGGUUCAGGCAGCUGACUCGUUGCUAAAGUUGGUUUCGGAGUUGAAACAAACGGCCAUCUUUUCUGGAUUUGCUUCCUUAAACGACCAUGUGGAGCAAAGAACUGAAGAAUUCAACCAACUUGCCGAGAAGACGGACCGGGUAUUAGCCGGGAUUGGAGAGGAGGCUGCUGCUACCCUUAAAGAACUCGAAUCCCAUUAUUACUCUUCUGCCCUGAGAAGUAAUUGUAUGCUUCCCUGUGAUGAUAACCAUGAAUCAAAUGGUUGAACAUCCAAGCAUGAUUGCUUACUUUACAAGCUUUAUUUUUCAUGGAAAUAAUUAAUUUUGGUUAUUUUAUAUAGAAACCUAAUCUCCUCGUUGAACGGCCAAUUGGCUUCAGGAUUGUAACGGCCAGUCUUGGUUGACCGGAUGAACCCAUCAAGACUUAAUUACUCCCUCCGUCCUAAAAAAAUUCUUCCAACUUUGAGUUGGAUUGCAUAUUAAGAAAAAGAUGGUUGUAGAAA